AUGUUAUUGCUAGGUGCAUCAGGAGAGUGGUUUGAUGAGACAUGCCAACUUCCAAGCACUCUGAAUAUUCAACGUCCUAGUAGUGAUACCAUUCAACAGUUCAGAGACAUACUGCUCAAUCAGCCACCAUUGGCUAUAGCAUGUCAACGCAUUAGCACCCAUCAGUUUUCAAAGUUGGCAUGCACAAGAUGGCUGACAGAUGACCUUCUUGAUAGUUUGUCCAGACUUGUCAACAACUCAUCAAAUGACUGUAUGUCGCUUGUGUUGUCUAAAUACAACAAAAGAUGUAUGACAAACUAUGUUUCUACUGCACUAAACGGCAGAAGUAGCAUUCGCUUGCUUUUCUUCAUUGUAAAUGUCAGCAUUGAUCCACCGUCUGGCACUGCUUUUGCUUCUAACAAAAUCCUUGGAGGCAAUCACUGGACUGUGCUUGUUACAGACGUAUCAACCAACUUGUCCUACUGUGACGAUUCCCUUGGCUAUCCAGUGCCCCUCAACCUCCUUUUAGAAUGUAAGCAGACAUUCUCUGAACUGCAAGAAAUAUUGGGAGAGCAGAUUGCAAUACCUCAAAGCAUCUUCAACUUGCACAGGCCCACUUUUGACAGAAAUGGCAAACAUGCUUGCUCCCGCGAAUGCUGCAAUUACCCAGUGCAAACAGAUUCAUCAUCUUGUGGUGUGAUUGCAUUCAUGUUCGUUGCUACUGUGUCAUUUGGUCCAAAUGAAGUUUGGCCGUAUGUCUGCCUUCCACAAAUUCAAUGCCAUCCUCUAAAAUCUUUACUCUGUAUUUACCACCAGCCAAGUGCAUAUGUUCAUUACCUACGGACUGUUUUGGCAGUUUGGUUCGUCAGAGGCAAGAUUGACAUUCAAAAUCUUGUCAGCAGUUCAGCGUUUUGA